AUGGAACAGCUCGCGCAUGUCCAGCGUGCCUUGAUGUCUAUACCUGGCUCUGCGGCCGUAGUUCGCUAUGUCAAGGCUUCUCACCAGGAUGACCCUUUUCGCACGAUCCUCGAACUUAUUCUUGUUAUUUUCGCUAUACGCACUUUGCUUAUGAACCGCACGCGCUCGGACCAGUCUGGAAAAAACUUUGUUAAGCUGACCGAAAAGGAAAUCGACGACCUUGUAGACGAAUGGCAGCCCGAACCUCUCUGCAGCCCGCUCACACCUGAAGAACAGGCCGACUUAGCCUCGGUGCCUGUCAUCGUCGGACCUACUGGCCCCAAGCCCAAACUUGCCUCCAACGGAAAAACAGUGCUCAAUUUCGCGUCCUACAACUUUGCAGGCCUCGCCGGGAACGACUUUAUCAAGGAGCGCGCAGUGGAGACGCUGCGAAAGUAUGGCCUUGGAAGCUGCGGACCCCCAGGUUUCUACGGUACCAUUGACGUGCAUCUCCAACUUGAACGCGACAUUGCCUUUUUCCUUGGGACUGAAUCGGCUAUUCUCUACUCUCAGGCUUUUCACACGGUUUCAUCUGUCAUCCCAGCGUUCUGCAAACGUGGUGAUAUCAUCGUUGCUGAUCGUGGUGUCAACUUUGCGAUCCAAAAGGGCCUCCAAAUCUCCCGUAGCACUAUCCGCUGGUACGACCAUAAUAACCUGAAAAGUCUUCAAGAGGUUUUGGAAAGCGUCGACCGGGAAUGCAGGAAAAAGGGAUCUAAACUUACCAGGAGGUUCAUUGUCACCGAGGGGAUUUUCGAGGGAUCUGGACAAAUGGUUGACCUGCCAAAAAUUAUUGAGCUCAAGAAAAAGUACAAGUAUCGACUUGUACUUGAUGAAUCCAUCUCCUUCGGCUCCAUGGGUCGUACUGGCCGCGGAUUGACAGAAUUGUACAACGUUCCAGCAACUGAAGUGGACAUGCUCGUUGGAUCUAUCGCAAACGGUCUCUGCUCGGCUGGCGGCUUCUGCGCUGGAUCCCGUGUGGUUGUUGACCAUCAGCGCAUUAAUGGAACCUCGUUUGUCUUUUCUGCUGCCCUCCCCGCAAUGCUCGCAGUCGCUGCAUCUGAAGCCAUCUCUAUUCUCACGUCCACACCUUCAGCCUUGGCAGCGCUUCACGAAAACGCUCGUCUCUUGCGUAGCACACUUGAAAAAUGCUCAGAGUACAUCGAUAUUACAUCUCAUCCAGCGUCGCCUAUUAUUCACUUCACCCUCCGUACUCAAUCCGCGCCCUCGUUGUUGCCUUCCACGGCCGAAAUCGUACUGACCAAAUCAAAUCCACACACUCAGGCAGUUCCAAACCCGGUCCAAUUCGACAUCGCUGCCGAAGAGGUGAUCUUGCAACAGAUUGUUGACGAGUCGAUCAACCAAGGUGUUCUCAUUGCUCGUGCCCGACGACUGCGAGGUCAAGAAGGUGUAGAACCAAGACCUAGUAUUAGGGUUGUAUGCAGUGCUGCGCUAGGGAAAAAAGAUGUUGAACGUGCUGCGGGUGUUUUGAAGGGCGUUGUGGGAAAAAACCUCACUUUUGCAUUCGAACUGUGCCACGAAAACGCACAGUUCAUAGAGUGUGUUUGCACCGGAUCUGAGUACACCGAUCUCGAAAAGCAUUCACAUGAGCUUGGGCGUACUGACUUGACGGUCUCCGCAUGGUUGUUCCUUGAGGUUGUGCUCGGCUCGGCCUCGGAGUUUUCUUUUAGAAUUCCAUCAGGCAGAUGCCGCCGGGCCGUACGUAACAGCAUAGACGCCAUGUACGCCACCAAACUCAAUUUUGCUCAACCGCCUGGGAUUGCUGCAGCCUUGCCGGCAGACCACAUGUGGAUCGACGCAGGGCUUAAAACGCCCCUGGGAAGUAUGCUCCCCGAGGGCACUCGUCUUUCUCCUGCUGAUCUGUGCGCUGCACUGGCUAUUGCUCUCGGAGGGGGGUGGGCGAUUACACGUAUUUAUAAAAAACAACGACAGCUACCGCUUCCACCAGGGCCUCCAGAGAAGUCGUGGCUUAAAGGGAACGGGGAAGAAAUACCUCGCACAUUCGUGUGGCUGAAAUAUACGGAAUGGAACAGGAAGUACGGUUUCAGCAAGAAAGCCAUUGGAACGUACGAUGAAGCCCAGGCCAGAGACGUGCAUUUGUUCUUACAGAGGUUAGUUACAAAUCCUGAAGGUUUUUUCGAGGAAGCCAAGUGGCUUUUCGGGAGGAUUGUCAUGCGAAUAACAUAUGGCUACACUGUUACGGGUAUUAAUGAUCCGUACAUAAAACUUGCAGAAGAUGCACUGCAAUCGUUAGUCAUCGGUGUUAUGGGGAAUCAUCCUGUGGACACAUACCCUAUCUUACGCUAUUUACCCGAAUGGUUACCUGGAAUGAAGUUCAAAAGAGAAGCUCAAGAGGCACGUGGGAUUGCAAAACGGCUAGCGAAUGAGCCGUUCAACUGGACGGUUAAGGCCAUGAACGAAGGAAUCAUCACCCCUUCGUUUUUAUCUCAGGUUUUGGAAAUGAACGAAGACAGGAAUGACAGCUUGGAUGCCAUCAAGUGGUCGGCCGCAAGCAUGUACUCUGGUGGCAUUCAUAACACCCUCGCUGUACUCAGCAACUUUAUUGUGGCCAUGAUGCUUCAUCCCGAGGUCGCCAGUAAAGGGCGCGAAGAAAUAGACAGAGUUGUUGGAACCGAAAGACUUCCUACGCUUCGAUGGCAUCCAGUGGCACCUCUAGGCUCUCCCCGUUCAGUUCAUCAGGAUCGUGUCUACAAAGGCUAUCGCAUCCCGGCUCACAGCACCAUAUACUGUAACAUAUAUGCGAUAACUCGCGAUGAGAAGAUUUUCCCAGAUCCAGAGAGGUUUAUCCCAGAGCGAUUCGCAGAGAACGAUACUGAGUCGAUUCCAUUAAAUCCUCGAAACUUCGUUUUUGGGGCCGGAAGACGUAUAUGUCCUGGGAACCAUAUCGUCGACGCAACUAUUUUCUUGUUAGUUGCAAGCAUUCUUGCUACUAUGGACAUAAGUAAGCCCAGAGAUGAACAAGGUAAUGAAGUUGAGCCGGUCGUCGAGAGAGCUGGAUUCCAGACGAACCAAGUAAUACCUUUCAAAUUUUCGAUUACGCCACGCUCCGAUCGUGCGCUUCAGCUCAUUGAAAUGGCAGUUAUGUUCGAGAGCGAGUAG